AUGAAAACUUUUCAAAUUCUUAUAUUAUUUGCAAUAGCAUUAUUGACAUUGCUUGAUGCAUAUACAAAUGCUAAGCAGGAUGAUAAUGAUUCAGGAUUCAUAACGAUUCUUCUUACAAAAAAAAAUUUUAUUAAUACCAAAACUUUAGAUGAUUACAUUAAAUUAAAUACUCGCAUAAAAAAAAAAUUUUAUAGAUUAGAGAAACGUCAAUCUCCAUAUUCGAACAUAACUUUAAAUGAUGAAAAACUUGAGGAUAACGAUAUGGGUUAUAUUGGCCCUAUAACAAUUGGUAAUCAAAAUUUUACCGUACUUUAUGACACUGGUUCUAUGGAUCUUUGGAUCCCAGAUAUUUCAUGUGCUUCUGAAUGCGAGAAACAUAAUCGAUUCGAUCCUUCAAAAUCUUCUACAUUUCAAUCGACCAAUGAAAGCUUUAAAUUAACUUAUGGUCUUUUUGGUGACAGUAAGUCUGUUAUUGGUUAUAAAGCUCAAGAUACCGUCAUAUUUGGUGGUAUCUCGAUCACACAUCAAACCUUUGGUUUAGUAACAAGUGAACCUUUUGGAGAUCUAGAAGAAGACGGUGUUAUUGGUCUUGGGCCUUUAAAUACUGCUGGAUUUAAAGCGAAUGGUGUUAUUCAAUCGAUAAAAGCCCAAAAAAAAUUAUCUCAAAAUAUAAUUGGUUUUCAUUUGGCGAGAGAAAAAAAUAAUUCAAAUGAUAUAAGCUUUAUGACACUUGGUGGUAUUGACCAAAAUGCUAUUGUAGGUUCUAUUGGUUAUAAUACUGCAAAUGUUUCAUUAGGGUUUUGGUUAAUCCGAUUAAAUGGCAUUAUGAUUUUGCCCCAAGGCACCAACGCUCUGAUUGAUACCAUUCGAACCAAAGGUAAAUCCACAAAUGUGGAAGAUUGUUGCUAA